AUGGAUAGAGGGGUGUUCGGGGUGAGGAUAAGAGAAUGUAGGGGGUACAGGAAUGAAGGGACUGGAUUUGUCGGAUUUAAGUUGAUGCGGAACAGACCAAAACACAAUACUACUGGCCGAUUGGGUUUAAUGUUCCCAGUGAUCAUGGCUGCGGGCGUCGUGAUAUCCGACGUAUUUGGCCCAUUCCAACAAUAUGAUCACCAGCAACCUUUCAAAAUAUCGUUCAACGUGUUUUGCUACUCGAUCGUUAUAUUGCACGUUAUUGGAUUGUGUUUUAUUCCUAAAUCGCCGUACUCGUCACCUAGCAACUUUUUUCAACAUUACUAUAGAAACGAUGACUUCAGUUAUAUCGAUUAUUGCGGAAGAUUUCGACGGAACUUAUCAUGGCACAUAUUUGACGCAUUUAGCUGUAGUGUGGAUCGCAGAGCACUGCUGAUCAGUGUCGGAUGCAUGUUUUUCCAACAAAUGUGUGGAAUAAAUGUAAUGUUACCGUACAUGAUUUGUAUAAUGAAAAUGGCCGGCAUUCACGUCGACCCUAAAACGGUAUUCAUCACACUAGAAAUCAUUCAGGUCAUUACGAUGAGUAUCGCAAUAAUUAUCAUAGAUUACAAAGGUCGUCGUAUAUUAUUAAUAUCUUCGGCAGUGAUUAUGUGUCUAUGUUUGGCUGGUUUGGAAUUUUGCAUCACUAUUCAGAUGCAACUAAGUGUUACUACAUUCAGUAAUUUAACGAUGAUUCUUAUAACGUUUUUCAUAUUAGCUUAUUCUUUAGGAUUUGGACCUGUGCCUUGGGUCAUAAUGGGAGAAAUAUUUUCGACGAAAGUAAAACCGUACGGAAUAAGUUUAACAACAGCUAUACAUUGGCUAAUGGUUUUAGCUGGUAUUUACUUUCCAUAUGAACUUACCAAGUUUUUGGAAAUCGACUAUUUCUUCUUAGUUUACUUUGUUUUAUGUCUGUUUGGUGCAUUAUUUGCUUGGUGGUUUGUAGUGGAAACAAAACAAAUCAGCUUAUCACGGGUUCAAUGGGAAAUAGAUGCCAGUCUUGGAAUUAUAUCAUACAUACCAUUAUAA